AUGGUAAAAUCAAGGGUAAAUUAUCCAAAAGAAAACUUUCCAUUAGCUGUAGAAGAAUACAACAACGGUGCCAGUUCCUCAGAUUUAACAAAAAAGUAUGGAAUUCCGGGAAGUACAAUUCGUAAUCAUAAAUCAAAUCCUAAUUUGAAAGUCGGUGCUGGGCGUCCGACAUUAUUAUCAAAUGAACAAGAAAAGUAUCUCGUUGAAUUGUUAAAAAGCCUUGAAACAAUUGGUUGUCGAUUAACAAAACCAACAGCAUUACAAAUAUCAUCGGACUAUGUUCAACGGAUCACUGGAAAGGAGAUCGAGGUGGGAAGGAAGUGGUUGAAAAAUUUUUUACAACGAUGGCAGAAUGAACUGAAAGUAAUAAAAGAAGAGAAGCUGGAGUCGGCUCGUCGCAACGGUUUUACGGAAGAUGUGCGUUGUCGUUGGUUCGAGAAACUCAAUUCAAUUCUUGAGAAAAACAGCUUAAAAACCCGACCCCAUGCGAUUUAUAAUUGUGACGAGACUGGGUUCAGUGAUGCAACUGCUUGUGAAUUAGUUAUUGUCAGUCACGACACGAAACAUGCCUUUGAACAAUCAGGUGGCGGUGGAAAAUCUUUUACUACCAAUCUGGUGUGUAGCAAUGCAGCAGGUGAAAUAUUACCUCCUUUUGUUAUUUAUUCAGCAAAGCAGUUAAAUCCAGAUUGGACAUUCGGAGGUCCGGUUGGUUCGUAUUAUGGCGUUUCUGAAUCGGGUUGGAUUACGAAAAACUUAUUUUUCGAAUGGUUUAAAUCUUUUGUUGACCAAACGAAGGAUGUAUCUAAGCCAAUGCUUCUAAUUAUGGAUAACCAUCCAGCACAUAUUAGCAUCGAAGUCAUCGAAAUGGCAAGGCAGCACCAGAUUUUACUAUUACUAUUACCGCCUCACUGUACUCAUGCUUUACAACCUCUCGAUGCAGUUACAUUUAGUGCUGUAAAAUCAUCGUGGAAACGUGUUGUUGGUAAAUAUUUCUCAAAAAGUCACCGUAAAACAAUUCGCAAGCGAGAUUUGCCAGCGUUAUUAAACAAAUUGUACACAUCGGAAUUUACACCAAAACAGAUCGUUGCUGGUUUCACACGCACAGGCGUUUGGCCUUAUGAUCCAACAGCUAUGAAACACAAAGUAGCACGAAAACCAUUAGUGGAAAAUCUCAACCAAUCAUCAUCUGGUAGUUCAACGAAUGCUCAAUCAGCGUCAACACAAGCUUUUUCUAUUAUCAAUGAUAGAAGUCUUCAAAAUUCGUCUGUUGCUUUGCUACCACCAUCGGAUUCAGUUGACCACGAGGCCGCGAUAAUGGUGUUGGAUCUAAUCGAUAAGUUCAUCGAAGAUACAAACCGUACUGCGAACGGAGCAGCAUCAAAUAAUAUCACAACGGAACCAGCAGCUACAACAAACAAUCUAUCAUUUACAACAAACUUAUCUACAUCAUCAUCGCUCAAUGCAGCGCCAGAUGUCUUUCAAUCAUUGUUCGCAAAUUCGAAUUUCAGUCUCAAUAUGCCAUGUCGAUCCUCUUCCAACACUCAUGAUUUAUCUCGAUUUCCGUCAUUUUUGUCAAGUUCUGGUUUUGGUGAUAAUGCGUCAAACGAUUUCAAUCUUACACCAAUAGACAAGUCAAGCGAUAUAACAUUAUCUCUGAAUACAAGUUCUAUGUGUAAGCAACACCGACAGUCAACUGAUUCAAUGCCCGAUGUGUCUUUAUACGAGUUCGAUUUCGAAGAGGAUGACGAUGGACAGAAAAUUUUGGGGUUUAAUCCACGAACUGUACCAAUCACACGUAGCGAUAGUUCUAUUCGUUCGAAUAAUCGUCGACAACAUGUAUCAAUACUCGAUUUUGAAGAAGAAACUGAUAAGGAAAAUCAAAUUUCGAUGGGUUUAAAUUCGGCUGUCGUUCCGGCUUCGACUAAUCAAUCGCAAGGUUUACAUUUAGGUCAAUUGAACAUAAAUAAACAAGAAACAAAUUCAAUCUCAUCUGCUCAAUUGAGUCCUUCAACUGCUGUUCGUUCGAUCGUCAGUGAUUUAUUUCGACAGCAUACUUUUCGCUCAACUUCGCCUCCAAAGACAAGCAAGCGAAAACGCACUGAAGGGAUCUAUGGAGAAGAAAUUACGACCAGUAACAUGUUGAAUGAUCUAAAAGAAAAAGCAUCGCAGUCAAAUCAAGCAAAGCGAACAAAAAGGACUAUCACAGCACCAGUUUCCACUCUUCCAGUUGAUCCAAAAAGAGCAGCACAAUCAAAACGUAAACCACGAAAAACAACAAGUGAGACAAUUACUUCGUCCCAAGCAACACGUGCUAUUUCGACUGUACAAGCGUCGACUUUUACAAGUUCGAAUUGA